UCGGGUAACAUAAAGCCAAUGACAGUGGCUUCUUUACAGCGACUUGAAAGAUUUCUUUGCUUCGCUUUUCUAGAACAACAGUUUCCUAUAGUGCCAAACUUGCUCUAUUGUUGAUAUCUUUUUAGUUUCCGUUCGUUUCUCUUUCUUCGCUGUUACAGAAAGGAUUCUUUUCUUAUAAACGUAGGGCAACUUUGCAAAAUCAAGCAUUUUAUCUAUUUCUUGUUCUCAAACUCCCCAUACUUUAACAAAGCAGUUACUUUUCAUAAAGAAACAAGUUGGAAACGCAGAAUAUCUUGUCUUGAGCUCUAAUCUUGAUUGCUUCUUUCAGUAAAAAGGGUGGGAAAUUGGCUAUGCUCGGUAUUUAUUUCCAAGACAAAUUUUUGGUAGGUUUUUUGCUAACCCAAUCGUCUACACACCAAUUCUUAGAAGCAUUUUGUAGAACUCAUAAUUUCACGUCUCUCGAAACAGGGCAGCUCUUUCGUGGGUGUUCAGUAUUCACAGUCCUGCCAAGUCUUCUGUUCAGAGUAGCUUGGGUUAUUUGCCCGGUGCACAGCAAGACUACUGAAAAGAAUGCUGAAUUCCCUAUUGCAGCCUCGAAACAACGAAGCCUUUUUUUGUUUGUAGAGCACCUUCUCCAAGACUUUCAGACAGAGCCUUUAUUUCUAUGAUGGACGAACUGAACGAAAUAAACGGCUUAAAAGAGCACGUUAGCGAAAUAGUUGAAAAAUAUGAGCAACAAUAUGUCGCUUUGCAAGUUCUGUCGGAUUGUACGUGUGCUUCUUGAAGCAGGAAAAGUAAUUAUUUACUUGGCUGUUUGAACUGCUGGAAUCUGAGCCGUUUAUAUGAGGCUCGCUUGAGAAAGAUGACUCUGCGUAUAUUGGCGUGUCCAAUCUUGAGCCUCCAAAGUUUUGUUUAGUGUCCUUUUAAGAGACAAUAUUAUUCUCAGAUGACUCACGAGAGCUACCUGUAGAACGAUUGUGGAAGAAGACUGCAGGAAUUCCGCUGAUUUGAAAAAUAUCUUUUGGGUUUGGUCCAAAUGUCAAGAACCGAGGAAUCAAAAAAGUUAUUGCUGAAAAUAUGGAGGAUUUUGUGGACAACGUAUUUGAAAUUAUGAAAUUGGAACCUAGCACUUUUCUUAUUCCGGAAGUUCGAGAAUCUAAAGCCUAUCGUCUCAUCGAUUCGUUUCGUACAACUGCCUGCCCUGGACUAUAUUUGAGAGUUAUAGUCAAAGGGAGCUCCAUAGAACAAGGUUCGAUUUUCUUUCAUCCUCUGGCUCCUGUACUGAAUUUGAAGGUGCAGAGACUGAUAUUUCUACUGGUGGUUUCAAGAUUAAUAGCUGUGAAUUUA